AUGUCUCUCUCACAAUACGAUACCCGUGAACAAGCUGAAAAAGAAGGAGCGGUCGUUGCAAAGAUUAUCUUUGAUAAUGUUACUCUCGAGCAAGUAAUACAAAUCAUUUCCGAUUAUAAAAGUUAUACCGAAUUUGUUGAAGGAACAAACAAGGUUGAAUAUAAGGAUACUGUUGAAGGUACUGAUGGAAAGUGUUUGGAUGUUUGGUGGAAUGUCACUGUUGGUGGAUUGAAAACUGUGGAAUAUACUUUGAGAUUGUGUGUUUUUGAAGAUGGAUUAUCUUGGCAAGAGACUGAUCAUGGUCCAUUUAAGAAGAAUCGUGGUGGAUGGAAAUUGAAACCAACCACAGAUGGAAAGGGAGUCGAAGCCACCUAUAUUGCUCUCAUUGAUUUCAAUGUUUGGUGUCCUGGUUUCAUCAAGGAUUUCCUUGUUGGAAAGGGAUUGACAAAGACAUUGGAAGCAUUCAAGAAGAGACUUGCUGAAAAAUUCAAAAAUUAA